ACUAUCUCCACCUGUAACUCAAUUAAUUCAAGCAUAAGUUGAUCGAUUCGCCCUUCAUCAUGGGUUCCAUUGAUCCGACCGUGCAGUCCAACCCAGUCUUCGAAAAAUAUGGUCUACCCGGGGACACUCGUCUUGGAAGUAAUACUCCAGGGCCUCAUCCUUCCUCAGUAACUCGACCCGUCCAACAUGCGGAGCUCAACAGAGCAUCCGACCGGGGCUAUACGGUUUAUGGUCAUCUCAUCAACGAGCCUCCACUGGGAAAACCGCUCAAGAUAAUCAUGAUUGGGGCGGGAGCAUCAGGGAUCGACUUUCUCCAUUAUGCCCCAUCGGCACUAGCUGGACUGGGUGUGGAGAUCGUGUGCUACGAGAAGAAUGCAGAUAUCGGGGGUACUUGGUAUGAGAAUCGGUAUCCGGGAUGUGCGUGCGAUGUGCCUAGCAUUGCCUAUUCAUUCCCGUGGCGUCCCAACCCAAACUGGUCGAGCUUCUAUUCGAGUGCAAAGGAGAUUUGGGAGUAUCUGAAGCAAAUCGUCGUCGAGGAAGACAUGAUGAAGUAUAUCAAGCUCAAUACCCGUGUGAUAUCGGCGAUUUGGAAUGAGGACAUGAGUAAAUGGGUGGUCAAGCUGCAACAAGAUGCGAUGGAGUUGGAGGAUGAAUGUGAUGUCUUGAUAAACGGAGCUGGAUUCCUCAACUCAUGGAAAUGGCCCGACACGCCGGGACUACACUCAUUUGAAGGAACCCUGUGCCACACAGCAGCCUAUCCCGAGGGGCUCGAUCUGAAAGACAAGCGUGUAGCAGUAAUAGGUUCAGGCAGUUCUGGCGUUCAAGUCAUUCCCUCUAUUCUCGACGAUGUCUCACGCCUAUACACCUGGGUGCGAACCCCAAUCUGGAUCACGGCUGCCUUUGCGCAACGCUACGCCGGGAAGGACGGUCGGAACUUUGACUAUACCCCAGAACAGAAGACCGACUUCAACAACGACCCCGAAAUGUACCAUCGAUACCACAAGUCAGUAGAGCAUGAGCUCAAUCAACGCGCCAAGCUCACGCUCCGCAAUACCGCUGAAUCUGACGAAGCGAAUGCUUCCUCAUACAAGAGCAUGUCCGACAAGCUCGCAUCGAAGCCUUACGUCAAGGACGCCAUAAUCCCCAAGACCUUCAACGUAGGCUGUCGACGCCCAACACCAGGCACAGGCUAUCUAGAAGCUCUUGCCUCCGACAAGACAACCGUCUUCACGGAACGGAUUCAAUCCAUCACACCCAAGGGGUUCAUCGACUCCGCGACAGGAACUGAACACGAAGUAGACGUCAUCAUCUGCGCCACAGGAUUCGACACGUCGUUCCGACCACGAUACCCAAUCAUCGGGCUGCAGGGCGUUAGCCUAGCUGAUAAAUGGAAAGAUGCUCCGACAAGUUAUCUGACCGUUGGUGUCGACGGCUUCCCGAACUACUUCAUGUACGGAGGCCCCUUUACGCCUGCGGCACAUGGGUCCAUUCUCCCUAUCAUAUCCCACGUGACGAACCACUUCAUCCAGAUUGUCAAGCGCAUGCGGAGAGAGCAUAUCCGGCGGCUGAGCCCGAAGGAAUCUGCAGUCCGUGACUUUGUAGAGCACGCUCGGACAUACUUCCCGCGGACGUGUUGGUCUGAUCCUUGCUCUAGCUGGUUCAAGCAGGGGAGGGUUGAUGGUCCAAUUACCAUCUGGCCUGGCUCUCGAUUGGCAUUUUUCGAGGCACUAAAUACACCUACGCUGAGCGACUACGAGAUUGAAUACUGGAGUGGGAAUAGGUUCGGGUACUUAGGAUGUGGGUUCGUUGAUGCGGAAUUUUCCGGGGGCAAUAUCACCUGGUACCUCGACAGGUACUCGGACAAUGAGGAAUGGAGAAAACAUGGAGUUUGGUACGAUAAGGAGCAGAAGGAGUUUGCGCAUAUAAGCGAGACGGCGUUUUCUAGUUGAUGGAAGCUAGCCGUAUCAUACAAUUGCUGCAACGCAUGUUUCACAAAGAGACAACGCAAAGGCAAUCUCACUCAGCCUACAUAUCAAUUGAAAGAAUGAGC